AUGCGGAAGGAAAGGCGCGACCUGAACCGUAGUCCGAAGCGUAUUCAUAGAGGCCCUGCGCCUGUCGCUCGGUCAUAUUCAGCUCCAUCAAGUUCCAAGGAUCUACACCGUGUGGACCAUGCUAGGUCUUCCGAUACUCGCAUGUCGAUGGAAGGAAAGGCUUCACAACACGCGAAAAUCAAGCCCAAGGAGGAUGUGCAACGAUCCAAGAACAACGAAGCCAAGAAGUGCGAGAAUCAAAGACCACCACCACCGCGUCCACCAUUACCUGAGAAACGAACGCAGACUCCUUCGACGAGCAGCUUUAUGGACUUCGGCGUACAAUGCGAUUUGACAGAAGUAUGUCCUCCAGCAAAAAGAUUGCGAGAAGAUGAAUUGGAGUCAUCUGGUAAUACUACAUUUCCCGCAGUGAACGCAAACCCACCAAUGUGA